AAAGUAGAAAAAUAAAAUAAAAUGACAUCUCUGUCUGAACACGCGGCGAAGCGAAAGCCUAAGCCCCCGACACCACUGAUCGCGUUUGUGGACUCUCUCUGUUUUGGUUUUCUUUAACUGCAUAUUUUCUGUCUAAUAAUUCUAAUACUAAAUGGUUACCUGUCUGAAGCCCAAAGAACAAAGAAAAAGAAGAAAAAAGCAUAUAAUACACAUAAGAAAGAAAGAAAGUAGAUGCUGGCUAGUAGCAGUAGCAGUAGCAGAGAGAUGGAUCAUUUAAUAAGAAGAGAAAGCGAAGCGUGAAGGUGCGUGGGUUCUCUCAGUUUAUCUUCCAUUGUUCCUCUUUCUCUGAAUGAAAGAAAGAAAGAAAGAAAGGAUAAAAUCCUCCUGUUUUCUCGUUUGUUUGGCCUGGUAUUGAUUUGCUGAAUGCGAAAUUGGAAACAAGAUUUGGCUAUUGUUUCAAGCUUCCAUGUUUCGGCAUAUGUAUGUAAUUAAAUGUUCGUAUGAAGACGGAAAGUUAUCAGUGGGCAUUGGUCAAAAAUAGAAUGUUUUCUUUGCAAGGGAAUCUGAAUCUUCGGGGGAGUGUGAUUUGGUUUGAUUGAGCUGCCUGCAUAUACCAUAAAUAUAUAAAAUAUAGGUAAAAGGGUGAGUCUGUAGCGAGUAAAGUAAGCGAGUGUGUGAGUUUAUAAUCAUAAUUUAGAAAAGAGGCUCCUUAUUUGCUCAAGGCCGGCCAAUAUGUCAACAUGGUCUCCGUCUUUGCUUUCAACAAGGAAGCACUCAAAUCUCGAAAGCUUUCUUCAUUGCGCAACUCCGUUUGUUCCUUCCAGAUUCCUUCCUCAGAGCUGUAUCAGUGAUCUAAACAGCUUAUGGCAGCCACCCGGUAAUAAGGACGUAGUUGAGUAUUUCACUUUGGGAGAUUUAUGGAAUUGCUAUAAUGAAUGGAGUGCAUAUGGUGCUGGCACCAAAGUACUCUUGCAAAACGGCGAGAGCAUUAUGCAAUAUUAUGUGCCUUAUCUAUCGGCCAUUCAAAUCUAUAGUAAUAAGUCAGCUGGGGCUUCCAGGAAUCUGAAUCAUGGAGAACACGGUGAUGCAGUAGAAAUUGAAAGCGAUUCUUGGAGUGACGACAGCACGAGUGAUAAAUUGUCAAGAUCUCUAAGCAACAACUCCAGCCGUACUUGGGAUACCAUUUCCGAGGAUUCAAGCUUUGACAAUGAAGGUUCUUUGCCUACAAAGAAUAGGCUUGGCUAUCUUUACCUACAAUACUUUGAGAUAUCUUCACCUUGCUGGAGAAUUCCACUGGUGGAGAAGAUAACUGAAUUAUCCAGAAAUCAUCCGGGACUGAUGACGCUCAAGAAUGUUGAUCUUUCUCCAGCGAGUUGGAUGGCUGUUGCUUGGUACCCUAUUUAUCAAAUUCCCUCUCGAAGAAAUGAGAAGGACUUGUCAACAUGUUUCCUCACUUAUCAUACAUUAUCAUCUUCUUUCCAAGAUUGUGGGAAUGAACAGGACGAACCAAAAACAAAGGACAGUGGUGGAAUUCUCCUUCAUCCAUUUGGGAUGGCUACGUACAAGAUGCAAGGAGAUCUUUGGGUAAAUCCAGAGACGUCUGACCAUGAAAGAAUAAACUGUCUUUGUAGUGCUGCAGAUUCCUGGCUGAAGCAGCUCGACAUCCACCACCAUGAUUAUAACUUUUUUACCUAUCACUCUACAAUGUAAAUUAGUGUGCACUCUUAACUUGUUUCUUCUCGUCUUUUCUGUAGUGGAUCCAAGUUUCCUCUUUACAGUUCUGAGCACAUUCAGAAACUGAGGCUCGAUGUCUAACCUGGAGUUUAUGUAUAUAGUAUAGCCAUGAGACAGAUGAGGAUAUUUGUACCCGAUCCUGAGGAUUUAACCCUGUGUCUAGUGUCUAAGCAAUGGCUUGGUCCGGAUGUUUUUGUGAGAGGUUUUUUUUUUUUUCUAUAUCUUCCUUAGGGACUUCAGGGAAGAGGGGGAAAAUAGUUUUUGUUUUUGUUUUUUCAUGUACCUAUUGCUUGGGUUCCCUAGUGUAUCAGACGGAAAUGACAUGUCUCUUAUUACUCUCAGUAGUAGGACCAGUGAAUGGAAUGUUUAUUUUCAAGUCUAACAUAAAA